CUGACCGACCUCACCCGGCCCGCCAGCUGGUACCCUCUGGCCCGCAGCCUCCAGCGGAAGGUGGUGGCCCAUCUGGGGCCCACUAACUCGGGGAAGACCCACGCGGCCCUUCAGGCGCUCAAGUCCGCCUCCUCGGGCAUCUACUGCGGCCCACUGCGCCUGCUGGCCUGCGAGGUGGCGGACCGGCUGACUGCCGAGGGCCUCCCCUGCCACCUGGUGACCGGCCAGGAGGUCAGGCCCGCAACAGGGCCAGCAGGAGAGCCUAAACAGGCAUCUCACACGGCAGGCGCCCCAGGGGGCGGCGGCGCUGCCUCGUGGGCUCUUGACGUGGCCGUGUUGGACGAAAUCCAGAUGUUGGGCGACCGGCUGAGGGGCUGGGCCUGGACCCGGGCCUUGCUGGGCUUGGCGGCUCGGGAGGUGCACGUGGCCGGGGACCCGGCGGUGCUGCCGCUGCUGCGGGCGCUGGCGGCGGAGUGCGGGGACGAGCUGGAGGUUCGCCGCUACCGGCGUUUGUCCCCUCUGGUGGUUCAGUCGGAGGCCCUGGGCAGUGUGGCGCGUGUGGCGGGGGGGGACUGCCUGGUGGCCUUCUCGCGGCGAAGUCUACACGGGCUGCGGAGGGAGGUGGCGAGGUGCACCGGCAGGGAGGCGUGCCUGGUGUACGGCGCCUUGCCGCCCGAGGCCCGACGGCAGCAGGCAGCUCUCUUCAACGCGGAUCCUGCGGCGGAAUCCGGUGGUGAUGUUUUGUGCGCCAGUGACGCCAUCGGCAUGGGGCUCAACCUGAACAUCCGUCGGGUGGUCUUCACGUCCCUUACCAAGUACGAUGGCACUGCCGUACGGCCCCUGCAGCCCGCUGAGGUGCGGCAAAUUGCGGGUCGCGCGGGUCGCUUCUCCUCCUCCCACCCCGCCGGCUACGUGACAACCCUGCGGUCUGAGGACCUGGGCGCCCUGCACCGGGCCCUGGCGCAACCCCCCGAACACAUCACACACGCUUGCUUGCUGCCCAGCAGCGAGGCGUUGGCGGAGUACGCGGCGCUGCACCCCGAGCGGCCCCUCGCAACAAGCCUGUUGACCUUCGCAGCCACGGCGCGACUGGGGCCGUCGUACAUGUACGGCAACUAUGAGGGGAUGUAUGGCAUUGCCAGCGCGCUACGGGAGCUGAGCGAGGACAUGUCUUACGAGGAAAUGAUGUUGUUCUGCACAGCGCCCGCCGACAUGGACGACCCGGUGGUGGCCUCCGCGCUGCUCAGGUUCGCGCAGCUGUACUGCAGGCGGGGCCGUGUGGGGCCGGAGGACAUCACGGAGGGCCGGGAGCAGCCACUGCUGCUGCGGGCAACCCCGGCGGAGCUCAAGCGACUUGAGGAGCUGCACAGAGUGUACGACUUGUACGUCUGGCUUUUUUAUCGCCUGCCGUACGCCUUUACUGGUCGCGAGGAGGCUGAGUCGGCUCGGGCUGCCUGCGGCUCCCUCAUUGAAGCGGGGUUGGACCACCUGGCCGCGGCAUCCGCUGCGGCGUUUGGGCGC